AACAUGUAUAUUUUGAAUCUGGCACGCUACCCGGAUGUGGACAAGCGCAUUUCAAUUUAGCAGUCGGAAGGAGCUGUAAGAUUUAGUGAAGCAAUAUUUCACCGGGAAGGAGGCGUACGGAUUUCGCUUCAAAAUGGUACAAUUUCUACCUAAAGUGCUUUUGCUGGUAUUACUAGCUUUCCCGGCAACGAUUAUCAUGAAAGGGCCAUUGGUGGCAGCCCAGGAUGCUACUGAGGAUGAGGAGGCAGCUGAUGAAGAUGCUGUGGAUGAUGUUGAUGUGAACACAGAGGAUGAGGAUGAUGAGGCCGAAGUUGAAGAUGAUGAAAACACAGAAUUGACGGAAGAAAAAGAAGAGGAGGAAGCCGUAGGAGGAGAAGUGAAUGCCUCCCCCAAUGCUGACACCACCAUCCUCUUUGUCAAGGGAGACGACUUCCCAGCCAACGACAUUGUGAAGUUCCUGAUGGGCUUCACCAACAAGGGAAGUGACAACUUUGUGGUGGAGUCCCUGGACGCAUCCUUUCGCUACCCACAGGACUUCCAGUUCUACAUCCAGAACUUCACAGCCCUGCAGCUGGGCAUAGUGGUGCCAGCUGGGCGCCAGGCCACCUUCGAGUACUCCUUCAUCCCAGCUGAGCCCAUGGGCGGGCGCCCCUUCGGCCUGGUCAUCAACCUCAACUACAAAGACAGCAACGGUAACACAUUCCAGGAUGCUGUGUUCAACCAGACAGUGACCAUCACCGAGAGAGAGGAUGGACUGGAUGGAGAGACGAUCUUCAUGUAUGUGUUCCUGUCUGGUCUGGGCCUGCUAGUGGUGGUAGGCCUUCAUCAGCUGCUGGAGUCCAGAAAGAGGAGGAGGCCAGCUGCUAAGGUGGAGAUGGGCACGUCCAGCCACAACGACGUGGACAUGAGCUGGAUUCCCCAGGAGACCCUUAAUCAGAUCAACAAGGCCUCCCCCAAACGGUCUCCCCGCAAGAGGACACAAAAGCGCACGGCUGGUUCGGACGAGUGACCAGGCCCCUGCCCAGUUCUGUCACUCGCGCUUGGCACCUGACACAGCCAUACCUCCCCUUGCUAGCCGUGGAAAGGCAACAGUCUUCUCUCACCACGGAACCAAGUGCCGUCCUCUUCACAAGAGACUGGUUUCUACCACUAAACUAGACAAAACAUCACAAAAAACGGUCCCAUUUGUUAAUUGUUCUGUCAAAAGAAGCGUUAUCACAGAGGUGUUGUGAUGAAGAAACAUUUUAUGCAGUUUGAGUGUGCUUUUGCGAAGAUGCAUGUCUUGAAGCAUAGGGAGGAUGGGGAUGGUGGACCGAAGUGGUUGGUUUUAGAGCUGGGUAGAUGAUAGUGGGAGAUGAUACAGUUCUGGGUUUUGGUUCUAGGUUUCUGUUUUGUUGCGACUGCCUUGUCAUAAUUUUUCACCUGUGAAUAUCUUUUGAGGCAGAAUAGUGAUUGUUAAUUUUGGUGUCCUGGAAAACUCAUAACACGCCCCUUUUUACUUUAUGUUUUGCACCGUUUAAUAUCUGCACAUUUGGGUUUCUGUCACAUUGUUGUCCUCUGCAUGGUGGCACAGAGGAGGCCUGGCUUCAAGUCUUGUUAUUGGUAGUGCACUGCAACGUUCAACCAUCUUUGAUGAUUCUGUGAACAUAAUGAGGAUAUGGUGGACUGUCAAAGUUUUCCCUCAAUGUGCCUUUUUUAUUUUUACAUUUGCAUUCUUCAUAUUCCCAAAAUCGAUUUACAUCAAGUACAAGUAUGAAUUCAGGAUUAGAUUUUUUUUACUUUUGUAAGACUGCAAUCUGAAUAAAGGUCCAGCACUGGUGUACAGUAUCUACUGGGGAAUACAGAUGAGUGAACUGCAAAGAUCAUUUAUUCCUGGCUAAUGGGUUUUUAUACUGCAUUUCUUGACUUGUCUGGGAUUACUACUUGUGCAUUUUAGAAGCACAGUACAUUUACUACUGUAUCAUAGCCUGUUCAUAGUAACUUAUGAGAGGGACUCUGGACUAACUGUUAGGCACUGACACAGUUAGGCAAUUAAAUGGUCUCUGGACUAACUGUUAGGCACUGACACAGUUAGGCAAUUAAAUGGUCUCUGGACUAACUGUUAGGCACUGACACAGUUAGGCAAUUAAAUGGUCUCUGGACUGUCAAAUGUAUGUAAACAAAACAUUUUUGCAAAUAAAUCGCACCCCUCCCCCUCUUUCACUGAGCUUUUUAAUGACCAUUUGAGAAUGGAUGGAUCCCAAGUAGAUUUCUUUCUCUGUGAUAUUGUUGCAAACUUGAAUGAUUAUUUGUUUUUUCUCUGCCGAGUAUGUAAGUGAAGUGUUCAUUUUGGAGACUGGUACAUCUUGAUGUAGAAAACAGAAAAAUUAAAGUGGAGAUGAGAAUA